AUGGAAAAGUCGCCCGGCAUCCGUGUGGUACGGGGACUACGCCCAGAUGCGGCCGUUCCCGGUGCCGCUGAUCAUCUUGGGAGCCACUACGACGCAUUCCAAGACUGGGACCCGGAGAAGAAGAAGCUGGUUUGCCGCACGCUUCGCUACGUGGCCCACGUCAACGGGGCGUCGCUGCAGUUCUUCUCCAGCACCGACUCGGCCCUGGUCAAGAAGGCCAAGGAGCUGAUUGGCCAGUACGCUUUCGGAGGCGUCACCAGCGGCCAGCUGGCGCAGGACUACAACAAGCCGCUGCUGGUUCCCGCCGGGGCCGACUCGCUAGCCGGCAUACUGGGCGUCGGCGCCGACGCCAGCCAAAGCGCCGUCAAGAACGCGUUCGUCGCUCAGUACCCGCAGAUUUGA